AUGGCUGUCACUGAUACCAAGGCCAUUCUGGCCUCGCUAACACUCGAGGAGAAGAUCAGCCUCCUCGCCGGUGCCAACUUCUGGGAGACUGUCCCCGUCCCCGCAAAGGGCGUUCCUGCUCUCAAGACCAGCGAUGGCCCCAACGGUGCUCGAGGUGAGACCUUCGCCGGCGGCACCACUGCUGCUUGCUUUCCCGCCGCUUCCAGCGUCGCCUCCACCUUUGAUGUCGACCUAGCCCGCAAGAUCGGUGUCGGCCUGGGUGAGGAGACCCUGACCAAGGGCGCCCGCUGCCUGCUGGGCCCUACCGUCUGCACCCACCGCCACCCUCUCGGUGGUCGCAACUUCGAGUCCUUCUCCGAGGACCCCUACCUGGCUGGAAAGAUGGCCUCCCAGAACGUGCAGGGCAUCCAGAGCACUGGUGUCUCUGCGACCGUCAAGCACUAUGCCGUUAACGAGCAGGAGACCCAGCGAUUGUCUGUGGACACCAUUGUGGGCGAGCGAGCCCUCCGUGAGAUCUACCUUAAGCCUUUCGAGAUCGCCGUCAAGGAGGCCAAGCCCGGCGCUAUUAUGACCGCCUACAACAAGGUCAACGGCAUCCACGCCGAUUCUCAGCCUUUCCUGCUGCAGAAGGUCCUUCGAGGCGACUGGGGCUGGGAUGGCCUCGUUAUGAGCGACUGGGGUGGUGUCAACUCCACCGCUGGUGCUCUCAACGCUGGUCUCGACCUUGAGAUGCCCGGCCCUACCCGCUGGCGUAAGGUCGACCAGGUCCUCGAGGCUAUCAAGGAGGGCAAGGUCACCGAGCAGGUCAUUGACGACCGUGCCCUGCACAUUCUGAACUUCCUGGAGCGCGAGAACUGCUUUAAGAACCCCGAAAUCCCCAAGGAGCAGGCCAUCAAUAAGCCUGAGCACCAAGCCCUUAUCCGUGAGGUUGGAGCUAAGGGCAUGGUUCUGCUUAAGAAUGAGAACGCCACUCUUCCCCUGACCAAGGAGAAGGCCCGUGGCAAGACCAUCGGUCUCUUUGGUCUGGCUAAGGAGUGCCUCGCCCACGGUGGUGGCAGUGCUUCCCUAAACGCCCACUAUAAGAUUAACCCUUAUGAUGCCCUCACCGAGGCUUUCAAGGGCGAAGAUGUCACCUUUACCUACUCUCAGGGCGCUCACAUGAACAAGCAACUUCCCACUAUUUCCUCCAAUGUUACGGAUGCUGAAGGCAACGCCGGCUUUACUUGGCGAUUCUACGACGCCGGUAGCUCAGAGCCCUCCGUUGUUCAGAACGGCAAGGCUACGUCUGAGGUUCACGUUAUGGACCUCGGUGAUAUCAACAACAAGAACGUCCAGGUCGACGGCACCUGGACCCCUUCUAGCUCUGGAACCUACUACUUCACCCUGAUGGGCCUGGGUCGUAGCACGGUCUCCAUCAACGGUACCGUUCUUUCCGACCAGCCCGAGGACUGCUCCGACCCCAUGGGUUUCCUCCUUGGCGGCGUCCCCGUCCCCAUGGUCAAGUUUGAUGUCGAGGCCGGCAAGCAGUACAAGAUCCUUAUCCAGAGCGCUCCUCCCGUGCCUGGAAACGACGGCGAGUUCGGCAUUCUCGAGGGCAAGCUUGGUGUGCGACUGGGCGCCAUUCAUGCUGCCGAGCACGACAAGGAUAUCCUGACUGAGGCCGUCGAGCUUGCCAAGGCUGCUGACUACGCUAUCGUCUUCGCCGGCCACACCCCCGACUGGGAGACCGAGGGUCAGGACCAGUACAGCUUCAACCUCCCUAAGGAGGGUAGCCUGGAUGCCCUCGUUUCUGGCGUUGCUGCCGUCAACUCCAACACUAUUGUCGUCAACUCCACUGGUGUGGCCGUCGCCAUGCCCUGGCUCGACAACAUCAAGGCCCUGGUCCAGACCUGGUUCCCUGGUCAGGAGGCCGGUAACUCCAUCACCGACGUGCUGACCGGCGCCGUCACCCCCGAAGGCCACCUUACCUGCACCUUCCCCAAGAGGCUCGAGGACUGCCCUGCCUAUGGCAACUUCCCCGGUACCUACGAGGGCAAGCAGCUUGUCGUCAAGUACGAGGAGGGCGUCUUCGUCGGUUACCGUCACUUCGACCGCCUGUCCGCUGACAAAGUCAACUUCCCCUUCGGUUUCGGUCUGUCCUACACCUUCUUCGACUUCUCCGACCUCUCCGUCGCGGAGACCUCUUCCGAGGAGUGGAAGGUCAGCAUCAUGGUUGCCAACACCGGUGCCAUCAAGGGUGCCAUUGCCGUCCAAGUCUACGUCGGCAACAAGAAGCAGUCGUCGGAGAACCCCAUCAAGACCCUCGCUGCUUUCAAGAAGGUCACCCUCGAGGCCGGCGCCUCCCAGGUCGUGGAGCUUCCCGUCAGCGCCCGCGACAUCGCCUUCUUCAGCGAGAAGGACGGCAAGUGGAUUGUCGAAGGCGGUGCCUACAACUUCAGCGUCGCCAAGAGCGCCGGUGAGGUUGUCCAGAGCGCUACCGUUAAUGUCGCUGCCAAGGAGUACACUCCUUAG